ACACUCAUAUGUUACAACUUGCCUGCUGCGAGAGAGAGAGAGAGAGAAGGCGUUUUCUCUACUGUUCUUCAUUUUCUGAGGAACCAAACACCAGGAAAUAUAAUUUGUGAGGCCAGAGAAAAGGAAGGUCUUCUGACAUUUGAGAAUGGGUAAAAGAGAUGAUGGGUUGGGGCUGAGCCUGAGCUUGGGGUUGAUCUCUCAUCAGAAGGAACCAUCUCUGAGGAUGAAUCUGAUGCCUAUGGCUUCUUCUCCUCACAUGCAGAACCUUAAUAACAAUCCUCAGAGGAGUCACAACCCUUGGACUCACCUCUUCCAAUCCUCUGACAGAACCUCAGAGUUGAGAUUAUCGUUGAUGAGGGGCAUAGACGUGAACAGUGCUCCGUCGCCGGCGACGGCAGAGGAAGACGGCGGUGCGUCGUCACCUAACAGCACCGUCUCCAGUUUAAGCGGCAAGAGGGUCGGCGGAGCCGACGACAUCGACGGCGAGAGAGCUUCUUGCUCUCGCGGCGGCAGCGACGAAGAAGACGGUGGAAACGGCGACGGAUCGCGGAAGAAGCUGAGGUUGACGAAGGAACAGUCUCUUGUCCUCGAAGAGACAUUCAAGGAACACAGCUCUCUGAAUCCGAAGCAAAAGCUGGCCCUGGCGAAGCAGUUGAAUCUGAGGCCGAGGCAAGUGGAGGUGUGGUUCCAGAACCGCAGGGCAAGGACGAAGCUGAAGCAGACAGAGGUUGACUGCGAGUACUUGAAGAGAUGCUGCGAGAAUCUGACCGACGAGAACCGGAGGUUGCAGAAAGAGGUGGCGGAGCUGAGGGCGUUGAAGCUUUCGCCGCACCUCUACAUGACCAUGAGCCCUCCUACCACCCUCACCAUGUGCCCUUCGUGCGAGCGCGUCGCUGUUCCUUCCUCAGCGGCAGCACCUCACUCGGCUGGACGGCUUGAUGUGGUCGGGUCAAGGCCUCACCGGCUGUCAACGCCGGUCAACUCGUGGGCUGGCGUUCAUCUUCGGGAAAGACCCGCCACGUGACGUGAUCGGUCUAGAGUUGAUCUUGGCAUGUGUAUUUGUGGUUAAGAUAAAAGCAGGAUUUGUUCAGAUGAUGGGGGAUGCGUAUAUGUACGAAUUCAUGUACGUUCAAACAAAUAUGGACUUAGAAAUUUACGGCUUUUUACAAUUUACAAAUAUUGAAGCAAAGUACAAAAUAUUGGAUGCUCUUGUGGGGUCCCACUGGAUGAAGAGCAAAUCGAAUCUCUUAUGGA